CGUCAGAGCCGGUCCCCUCCAGACUUCGCUGGGCUGUGAGGAAACCCGUGCGCUCGCAGGCUCCGUGAGUGGUUUGUGGCGCUGGAGGGACGCGGUCGGUGCAGCAGGUCCUGCCUACAAACAACGCCGAUGGCGACCCCCGCGAGGUGGGCCCGUCAGCACCCAGCAUGAGGUAGAGGACCGCGGGGCGGGGGGCGGGAAGCCGGUGCGCUGGAGUCCAGCAGGGCGCGUGAAGCGGAGUAGAGCAGAGAUGGGUGCUGGAUGGAACGAGACAGGGUUGGCUGUACUAGUUAGCUCCACGGCUAGCUAGGUAGCCCGGACUGUACCUCGAUGCUACCUGUCUUCCCACACACCAGUCCGGCGGCGCGCCCAGCACAGCGGGAUGUUCGAGGAUGAUGGCAAACGGAUGACAUCUAUGGAGUUGUAUUCCCUCACCCCUAAGUGACCCCUGCCCUCCCUUUUUUUAAAUCUUAAACAUACUUCCUCAACCUUGUCAAACUUUUUACUUUUCCAUGCCUUUCAGUUCCAUUCCCUGGCCAAUGUUUAAUAAAACUCCUGCACCCAAAUGCAAAAUCAUGUAAAUAACUUUUACCUUCUUCUGCCCUUGGAGCCCUUAUGGUAAAAAGACUCAAGAUUGGAUACAGCUAAAUUUCUUAAUGUGCACAACGUCAUUGGUUAUCAAUUUUGUAAUCUAUGUUUUCAACCCUCCCCUCAUCUGUGACUGAGACCCUGGCUAUUGGGACCCUUAUCUUUGUUGUAACACCAGCUCCCUACCUGUAGCUGUUUCCUCCCUCCCCAUCCUUCUUGAAGUCUCAUUGGGCCAUGGUUCGCAAGAAAGGCUCUCUCAUUUUGUGUGGAGUUCUCCUGUUUGUUGCCUGGAAUGCCUUACUUUUACUUUAUCUUUGGGGCCGUCCUCCGGUCGGUCGCCUCGGAGAAGGUGGAGGAGCCGAACCAGGGGGAAAGGAAGAAUGGGGCCUGGGAAAGAGAAAAGGAAGUGGGGUCAACCUAGCCGGGGAGGUGAUCCGGUUGGCAGAAGAAGUUGAAGUUGAGUUGGAGACCCAGAAAAAACUUCUCAAGCGAAUUGAAAGUCACAGGUCACUGUGGCAACAGCGGAAAGAUGUUGGAAAAAGAGCAGCAGACAUUGGGAAAGACGUGCAGAAGGAAAAUAACCUUGAACAGUCUCCCGAGGCUCUUCCUUCUCCGAAAGAGAAUUUAGAUAUCAAGGACCAAUUCUCAGUAAAAAAUACAAAAGCCUUUAUUCCUACGGCGGUAGACUCUGACAUAGAAAAGAAGCAGGGCGAAAAAGAACAGUUUGUUGAGAACAACAAACUGGAAGUUGCAGUUGCUAGCCCUCAAGUUGUCAUUCCAAUCCUAGUCAUUGCUUGUGACAGAGUGACAGUAAAGAGAAGCCUUGAUAGACUGAUACAGUACCGUCCUUCUCCCGAACUCUUCCCGAUCAUAGUCAGCCAGGACUGUGGCCAUGCUGAAACAGCCCGUGUAAUUGACUCAUAUGGUGAUCAGGUGACACACAUUAACCAACCAGAUCUGUCAGACAUUCGAGUACGGCCAGAGCACAGGAAAUUCCAGGGCUACUACAAGAUUGCCAGACACUAUCGCUGGGCACUCAACCAAGUGUUCAACACGUUUUCCCAGUCCACAGUGGUCAUCGUGGAGGACGACUUGGAGGUGGCACCUGAUUUCUUUGAGUAUUUCAGAGCCCUCUACCCAAUACUGCGCUCUGAUCCCACCCUGUGGUGUUUGUCUGCCUGGAACGACAAUGGCCGGGAUGCCCUGGUGGAUCCAGGCAAGGCGGAGCUUCUUUAUAGGACAGACUUUUUCCCGGGUCUGGGCUGGAUGCUUCUGAAGGAGAUGUGGAAUGAGCUUGAGCCCAAAUGGCCCUCUGCAUUCUGGGACGACUGGAUGCGUCAGCCAGAGCAGCGCAAGGAUCGCUCCUGCAUCCGCCCAGAGAUCUCCAGGACUAUUACCUUUGGCCGAAAAGGUGUCAGUCUAGGUCAGUUCUUUGACCAGUAUUUGCGCUACAUUAAGCUAAACACUGAUUUUGUGCCUUUUACCAAACAGGAUUUGUCUUAUUUGAUGAAGGAGAAGUAUGAUGAGAACUUUAUCAAGGAGGUUUACAGUGCCCCGCUGGUGAAGAUCGAGGACCUACAACAGGGGGGCAGCUUAAAAGGAAUAGGUCCAUACAGGGUGCAGUAUUCUAGCCGGGACAGUUUUAAGGUUUUGGCUCGUAAUUUAGGGGUGAUGGAUGACUUGAAAUCGGGGGUUCCUCGCGCAGGCUACAGAGGCAUCGUCAGUUUCCUGUCCCGGGGUCGAAGGGUCUUCUUGGCUCCACCAGAGGGAUGGACACACUACGAUAUCAGCUGGAGUUGAAGGAAAUUGGAUCCAGACAAGAUGUGAAUAGUGUUUAAGAGGGUAGAGGGCCUGACUGAAGAGGAACACCCUCUCAAACCAAAGAAUAUGUAGUCGGUUACAGUGGUUUAAUGAAGGAAACCGAGCAAAACAGAAAGAGGUGAACUUUAGCGGAGCUCUCCGAGGACAGUGGGGUGGACAAAUCUUUUAUGAGUGCAAGCCUUGGCUUGUUUUCCUAAAGCUUCUAGAAUAGGAGUGUUGAUAAAUUCAUUCUAUUAAUGGAAGAUGACCCAUAUCCAGGGUCAUCAAUUCACAUGACAAGUUGAGUAUCAGAAGGACUUCAGUGGCAAACUAUUAGUGAUCCUCAGCACUCCAGCUCUAGAAUAUUCUGUGAAUAUGGGCCCUGAACGCAAUGUUUCACACCGGGCACGAUAUGAAGUGAAGACAGAGACUGGUGUGUUGUAGAAGGAGCUGACAGUCCUUAUUGUUCUCUUGGUCCAGCUGGUCUCGGGAGGUCUUUCGUUAUAAUUCAAUGUCUUAAACAUUUCUAAAAAGCCCAAUUUGAAUUCUGUCAAUUUGAUGCCAGAAAAGAAUUGAUCUCUCUUUGUCAUUCGCUACGGUAUAUGAUACUGAAGUCCAGCCCAAGCCAAUCACUGCAACUACCUUCUCUCUGAGGGUCGAGAAAUCUAAAUUUUCAGUAUUUCUGUUACUUUGUGAAUGAACUUGAGCCCAAGAUUAAUGAGAUGAAGAUGUUUUUACUCAAAUACUGUGUAUAUAAUGAAUAAAGAGAUUUUUCAGUGAGGCAGUUUUUGGGAAAUAUUUUAUUUAAAUGUCCUCGGGAGAAGCUGUCCGGAAACUGGACUGAUUCCUGUCUCUGGCGACGUGUGAAACCACUGCCUGACAUGUUUAUAACUUUAAUAUGUUACAAAUAAAACCAACUAUUUUGAUAUUUGUCCACAAGUCGAGGGAGUCCUCUUUUUUGAGCAUUCAUUCAUUUGUAAAAUGCAUUCUGGAUGGUGGCUCAGGCCUCAGAGAUGAAACGGUUAACGUGGGGUUUCACAGUAUGAAGUUAAAUAUCCCUUGAA